AUGCCAACUCCAAAUUAUACAGAUGUGACUGAAUUUAUUCUUUUGGGUCUAACUAGUCAACAAGAACUCCAGGUCCUCUUUUUUGUGAUAUUCUUAUUUGUAUAUAUUAUCACUCUGGUGGGGAAUCUUGGCAUGAUCAUCCUAAUCAAGGUCAGUCCCAAGCUUCAGAGCCCUAUGUACUUCUUUCUCAGCCAUUUGUCCUUUGUGGAUGCCUGGUUCUCCUCCAAUGUUACCCCUAAGAUGCUGGAAAACUUAUUAUCCAAGACAAAAACAAUUUCUUAUGUUGGGUGUUUAAUACAAUGUUAUUUUUUUAUUGCUCUUGUACUUAUGGAAGUUAAUAUCUUAGCAGUGAUGGCCUUUGAUCGAUUUAUGGCAAUCUGGAACCCUCUCCUUUAUGGGAGCAAAAUGUCAAGGAUAGUUUGCAUUUGGCUAAUCACAGUCCCUUAUGUUUAUGGGUUCUCUAUUAGCAUAAUUUGUACCUGGUGGACCCAUGGAUUGUAUUUCUGUGGAAACUUUGAAAUCAACCACUUCUAUUGUGCAGAUCCACCACUCAUCAAGAUAGCCUGUGGUGGUAUUCAUAUCAAGGAAUAUAGCAUGCUUGUUCAUGCAGGAAUUAAUAUCACAUGCUCUCUGACUGUGGUACUGAUCUCUUACACAUGCAUUGUAGUGGCCAUCCUCAGAAUACGCUCUGCAGAGGGGAGAAGGAAAGCAUUUUCCACCUGUAGCUCUCACCUCACAGCUGUCACAAUCUUUUAUGGGACUCUCAUUUUCAUGUAUCUCAGGCAUCCCACAAAGGAAUCUGUAGAGCAGAGCAAAAUGGUGGCUGUAUUUUAUACAACAAUUAUCCCUAUGUUGAAUCCUAUGAUCUAUAGCCUAAGGAACAAGGAUGUAAAAGAGGCAAUGAAUAAAGCUAUUCAUAGAGCUUUUUUCACAAAAUAA